CAAACGGUUCGCUCCGUCUCUUCCUAUAAGUACCCCGUUUGUUACCCCAUUUCGUCGUGCCUUUAUCCCUUCCUGAAGCCAUUUUCUGCCAUUUCCAAACUUUCUUCUCCGUUUCCAUUCUUUCUGUUUUCGUUUUUUCGGCAGCUUGUGAGAGAGAAAUGGCGAACGAAGCUCAGAACGGCGGUGCUGAGAACGGAGCUGCGAAGGCUGUGACGUUCUCCGCUCUCAAACCACAGCUCUUUGUUGAAGGUGCCAAGGCAAACGACGCCGUUCAGUUCUACAAGGCCGCGUUUGGUGCCGAGGAGGUCAGCCGUGUCAUGAACACGAAGAGGAAGGCCGAUCAGGAAGCUCCUCUCGUUCUCUUUGCCGAGCUUAAGCUCGGUUCCUCUGUGUUCCUUGUGUCUGACCUUACUGAGGACUCUUCUGCUCCUGAAAAGGCCGUCGGAGUUUUCUCCCUGGAGACUGAGGACGUUGAUAAAGCUCUUGCCAAUGCUGUUGCUGCCGGCGCUGUUGCUGAAGGUGAAAUCUCUGAGGGUGAAGCCGCUUGCUGUGGUGGUCGCGUUGGCAAGGUGAAGGAUCCAUAUGGGAACUUCUGGUUCAUCUGCUCGCCGGCGAAGAAGACUGAGGAGGCGGUGGAGGCUUGAAAGGUCUCGGAUCUGAACUGUCUCAUUACUCUGCUUUUUUUUAGUGAAUUUCCCAUCCGGCCCAUGGUAGUAGUGUACUUCGGCACACCGUAUAACCCAAUAGUGGUUAGUUCUUAUUACGGAGGAGUAGUUUGUCUCUGUUAUCAGACUUGGAUAUGAAUCUGUCAGUACUGUUUGCUUUUGGUAAUUUUGACUAGUAACAUUUUGAGUCCUUUGAUGAUUCAUCGCUCUUAAUCCCAAUUCUAGCUUUUGAAUUUGUAGCAUUAUUAUCUUCGUUUCAUCUUUUACUCCUUGCAAAGCAUCGCUCUAGUAUUCACUGUGCGGGUGCGACCACUUGAGUGCCCCAUUAUAGACAAUCAAACCCAAAAUCGGCCUUAAAAUCCUCUGCGAAUAACGAGAAAAUAAGAGAAUUGAAGACUAGGGUUCUUGGGUAAUCACCGGAGAACAAACUUGGGAAUUGAAAGGGGAUAACUACGCUACUGCUCUGUGUAGUUUCGUCUCCGCAAGACUCCGUUGCGCUGGACGAAAAGGCUACUGGACUCUGUUUGCGCUGCUCCUCCCUCGUCCUCCGUGGUAUUCGUUGCCGCCGGCUGUCGUAAUCGACGACCUCGGAGUCGGUGACAGAUCUGGAGUGCUGAACAAGGGAGCGCCCGAUGGAAUCACUUUAUCUUGAAGGCUUGUAUCCGAUUUGCAGAAGAACCAUCGCCGGCGAGGAAGGAGAUCGAGAAGAACCAGCACCGACGGGGAAGAAGAAAAUUUUCGAAGAAGGAGAUUUGCGACAGACUCUUGACUCUUGAAAAUACAUGCGACUUUGGUUG